AUGUUCAGACGAAUUGGUGGGCAUGCGCUUCGGUGUGCCGGCCGCAGGCCUGUCGCGCGGAGGAAGCUCCCUGAUCGCAGAUUCUCCGCGUAUACAACCAGCUCGCCGAUGGCCUCGACUGCUUCAUCUGCGUCGCCUUUGGGCACUGUUGCCGUGGAAUUGGACCGGGUAGCGCCUCGGUUCGAAAUCCAGGCCUCACAGAUUACGAUCCUCGACUCUCCUUCUAGCUUCUACAGUACAUUGAAGGACAAAAUUCGCAACGCCCAGAGACGAGUUUAUUUCUCGACGUUAUAUAUCGGGAAGGCGGAGCAUGAGCUCCUUGAGACAUUGGACCAGGCGCUUCGCGAAAAUCCGGACCUAAAGGUAUCGAUUCUGACGGAUGCGCUGAGAGGAACUCGGGAAACGCCUAAGGCCUCGUGCGCCUCGCUUUUGGCUUCAUUAGUUGCCAAUCAUGGGUCGGAGAGGGUUGAGAUUCGCAUGUUCCAUACACCUAAUUUGACGGGUUUGAGAAAGAAAUGGAUCCCGCGGAGGAUUAAUGAGGGUUGGGGGCUUCAGCAUAUGAAGUUAUAUGGUAUUGACGACGAGAUUAUACUUUCUGGUGCAAACCUGUCCGAUGACUAUUUCACAAACCGCGUGGACAGAUACCAUGUUUUCAGCUCAAAAGAACUCGCCGAUUAUUACGGCGGUAUCCAUCACGCCAUUUGUGGGCUAAGCUUUCUGGUUCUUCCCGAUCUGCAUAGUGUGACCGGGUAUCUUAUGAGCUGGCCAACAGCCAACGGGGCACCUUCACCUUUAGAGAAUCCCGACGAAUUCACCGAAUAUGCAUCAACGGUCUUAACCCCCCUUAUACAACCAAGAGAGAAACCUGCGCUUCCGUCUAUUUCAGAGUCCCCAAGUCAAACAUAUGUAUACCCCGUGGCGCAAUUCACACCCUUAUUGAAACCCGAUGCAUCAACCGAAUACCCAGCAGUCACAGCCAUCCUCCGUCUACUUUCCAGUUCCCCUGCAUUCUCCGGUGCACAGUGGCUUUUCACAGCCGGCUACUUCAACAUCCACCCUGUUCUUUCCUCCCUCCUGAUUCACAGCACAUCUGCCUGCCACACUGCCUCUACAACCCGUGGUACAGUGCUAACGGCAUCACCCUGGGCAAAUGGUUUCUACGGCUCCCCGGGUAUAUCCGGCAUGCUCCCCGCAGCCUACACACACCUCUCUGCCCGCUUCCUGGACAGGGUUGCAGACGCCCAACGGACAAACAGUAUCCAGCUCAAAGAAUGGCGCCGCGGAACAGUUGGUCAAUCCGGCGGGUGGACAUAUCAUGCCAAGGGUCUUUGGUUGACUUUACCCAGAGAAGAAAACCCUAGUCUGACUUUUGUCGGAAGCAGUAAUUAUACCAAGCGCAGCUAUAGUCUAGACCUUGAGGUUGGGGCGUUGGUUGUCACCGAUGAUCAGGGUUUGAAGAAGAGGAUGGGCGAGGAGAUUGAGUGGUUGCAGAAGGAUGCGGAGGGGGUAUCGAGAGAGGAUUUGAGGAGGACGGAGCGGAGAGUUGGGUGGAACGUAAGGUUGGCUAUGUGGAUUGUUGAGAAGGUUGGGGGUGCAUUGUAA